AAUAACUCACUCGUGCAAAAACAUAAAUACGUGCGAUAUCCAGGUUCGUCCUCCGCCAUAACAUCUUUCUAUCGUGGCGACGAAGGAUUAAUUACAUUAGGAUCUCUUAAUCCAGUACAAAGAACCCUCGAAGCGCAACCAACACCAGAUCGGACAGAGAAGAGAAAGAACCAUGUCAGUCUCACCAGCAAUGGCGAGAAGUCCGACCACUUGGGCCCAUGCCCUCGUAAAGAUCUCGCCAUACACCUUCUCCGCCAUCGGUAUCGCCAUCGCCAUAGGCGUUUCCGUCCUCGGCGCCGCCUGGGGUAUUUAUAUCACCGGAAGCAGUUUGAUCGGUGCGGCAAUCAAAGCUCCCCGAAUUACUUCCAAGAAUCUAAUUAGUGUCAUCUUUUGUGAAGCUGUUGCUAUAUAUGGUGUUAUCGUGGCAAUUAUUCUACAAACAAAAUUAGAAAGUGUUCCAGCAUCACAGAUUUAUGCACCCGAGUCUCUUAGAGCAGGAUAUGCAAUCUUCGCUUCUGGGAUUAUCGUGGGCUUUGCAAACCUUGUCUGCGGGGUAUGUGUGGGAAUCAUUGGUAGCAGUUGCGCGUUGUCUGAUGCUCAAAACUCCUCUCUUUUUGUGAAGAUUCUUGUGAUCGAAAUCUUUGGUAGUGCACUUGGGUUAUUUGGAGUGAUUGUGGGAAUUAUUAUGUCAGCUCAAGCAUCAUGGCCAGCAAAAACAGUGUAAUUUUGCCGUUCUCAAUGUCUUGUGCAUGAUGGAUAUGAAAUUGACGGCAUGUUAAAAUUGGUCUUGAGCUACAUGUGCCCUUGUUCCUUAGGCUGUAUUCCAGCCAAAUAAAUAAAUAAAAGAUCUUCGGCUGCA